CCUGUUUAGAAAAUUUGUUGUUUUACAUUUCUAUCUAACUUAGAUUUGUCAUUUCUUGAUAGGAUCUCGUUCAAAAAUAAGUAUUUAAUACGGAAACAGGCUUAAAUGCUUAUUAGCAGAAAACGCAAGAUUGGAAUAACAAUAAUUUUUAAAAGUCAGGAUUUGGAAUAACAGUAAUCAACACCAAGAUUCUUAUGUUAUGACCAGUCUUUGUUACCGUGGUUGCAGCAUAAAUAGAUUUCAAAAUUUUUCUUAAAAUUGACAUCAAUGCCAGAUUUAUAUUAAUUUUGUUUUUAAUAAUUACUUAUUCUUGAAAACCAAAAAAUGUGAAAAUUUAAUGUCUUAAAGUGGUAGUGAAGAAGGAUUCACUAUAAUGAAUAGUUGUGAAUAUUAAAAAUACAUGGAAGUUAUAAAAACUGUGACCAAUCAGAGUCACUUCAUAUUUCAUGGAAGUAAUACUUGCAGUCUUGCGUCCCCGACACAAUGUCGGGAGUCAUGAUUUUAAGCUUAAAGGAGGCAUUCUUGAGUAUAAACCAAAACUGUAUGAUAUUCUGUUGUUUGAUAGUACAAAAAAUCAUGAACCGCGUCCAACAAAAUAUCUCCCAGCAUUUCCAUUAACCAAUUCAGAGGAGGAGCCUAGGGAUGAAGUUUUAACAAAUUUGUACCAGUUGACAGGAGGAGAUAAGCAUGGUGGAAUCAAAGGUGAGAGGGGGUUGCUGAUUCCAUGGAAGAGGCAAGCAGAAAGAGAUUCCUUGUCAAGUUUUUAUGUGUAUUGUGUUCCUGUUAACUAUAGAGAUAAAUUGAAUGCUGUUUUUGUGGACAAGUCACCAGAUAAACCAGGUUUCUAUUCCCUAGAAAAUGUGAUAGACUCUAUCAACAAUAGAAGUAUCAGUUUCCCUCCACCAACCAGAAAAUUCAUAUCACACUUAGAGAGUUGGUUGAAAGAAAAGCAUGCAAGGCCAGAGACUCUGGAUAUAUUAUUCCAUAGCAGAGCUGACUACCGUAUAAAAUUCAGUGUCAGCAACCCAGCAUUCCUACCAACAAGACUUCCACUCUCAGACAACCUUGAAGAACUACGAAACACAGCACAUGAAGCCCUUGCUAAAAUGUUGGCCAUUGAGAAAUGUGAAAUAGUUGUGAUCAAUCCAUUAUUUAACUCUGGUCUGCCAUAUAAAACAAAGGUUGAUAAAAUGAAAAAUCUAUAUUGGGGUUCACAAGAGGAUCAGAGUGUGUCUUCAAGGAGAACAAGCUCCAGUACUAAUUCUAGUGAUGUAAUGUAUCCUUCCCCUUCACGAUCAAUGUCUGGAUAUCUACUGCACAAAUAUGCUAAAGAGGGCAACCUGAAUGGAUUAAAAGAGUACAUCCACCAUUGGGACUUUACAGAUAAAGAUGAUCGUGGAUUUGCUCCAAUUCACUGGGCAGCGGAGUGUGGUUUUGGAGAUGUUGUUAAAUUUUUACUAGAGUAUGGAUGUUCACCAAACUUAGAGACUCAUCAACAUUCCACACCACUGCACUUAGCAGUAGAGAAAGGUCAUGUACAGGUUGUUGAAGUGUUGCUAAGUUACCCAGAUACUAAUGUGAAUGCUUUAGACAGUAGUGGUCAGACAGCCUUUGAUAGGUGUGAUCCUUACAGUUACAACGAACAUAAAAAUAUAUCUGUAAUGUUAAAGACCGCCAUUAAUAAACUGAGUCAGAUAACAAUAUAUAUCAUGGAUGGUACAAAAAAGAUUCUGAAAUUACCAAGUGGGAGUGAAACCACAGUUGAACAGCUAAACAGACAGCUACUAAGAGAAUGUAACAUGCCAGAGAAACCGUAUGGAGAUAUAUUUACAAUUUGGGUCUGUUCAGAAAGCUUAGAACUUCAGCUGAAGCCAGAUCACAAGCCAGUGGAACAAAUGGAGAACUGGAGGCAUAAGAUUCUGAGACAGCUGACAGAGGGUGAUCCUACUAAGGAGGAUCCUAAAUUGAAAUGGAGAAGAAAUGCUAAAACAGGGAUUAUGGAUGAACGAACUAUUACACACCCUGCAGCCAUCCAUUUAUUGUUCCAUGAAGCAUAUAAAAACUACAUCACUGCCCUCUAUCCAUGUAAGGACCAGGAUGUCCUAAACUUUGCUGUGAUAAUUAUUCUGAUGAAACAAGAUGGCGUCUACAAUACUUCAAGUGCCAAAACAUUUCUAAGUAAAAACUUGCAGUCAAUGGUACCAGAACAAAUGAUGAAAGGAAAGAGUCAUGCAUGGUCCUCCAAUGUAUUCCGCCAUUAUAAGGAUGUAGGGAAAAGCAUGCUUGAAGGUCCUUCUCAUGUGCAAGUGGAUAUGAUUUUAAAACAGCAGUUUCUGAAGUUCUGCAGAAACCUGACUGUUUAUGGAUCUGCUUUCUUUACUGGUACACUACUGGUACCCCAGGUCAAGGGUAGUAUGUGCCAUAUUGGUGUCAACGAUGUUGGUAUCCAUGUCAUAAACUCUCAAACAAGGGUAAUGUUACAUAGUUUCAAAUAUUCUGAAAUCAGCUGCAAACUUCCAGAAGCCAAUAGGUUGGAAGUAAAUGUGAUACGAUUUGAAAGUCGAACAGACCGAAAUAUUCCACGACAAUUAACAAUACGGACUAAACAGGCUGGGUUAAUUGAGAGACUAAUUGAAAAAUUAUCAGAAAUUCAUGCUAUCAAGGACAGACAAGUUGAAAUUCGAUAUGGUGGGAUGAAUUCAUAGCACAGGAUGCUGUA